CCCACACCAAGUGUGCAUGCGCGAAUCAACGGUAUAAUGGCUCAGAGCACCACGUGGUCCUUCUCUUUUUACCGUGCAUCAAGAAAGCAGCAUGUCUGAAGCUUGCACCAUUCGUACGAGGAAGUUCCUCACCAACCGUCUCCUUCAGCGGAGGCAAAUGAUUGUGGAUGUGCUCCAUCCUGGCCGAGCCAACGUGCCCAAGAAAGAGCUCCAAGAUAUUCUCGCUAAGAUGUACAAGACCACUUCGGAUGUCGUUGUAUGUUUUGGUUUCCGGACUGCCUUUGGAGGUGGCAAGUCAACUGGUUUCGCUCUCAUCUAUGACUCCAUGGAUUUCUUGAAAAAGAAUGAGCCAAAAUACAGACUAGCCAGGAUGGGGCUGUAUGAUGUAAAGAGACCUAGCCGCAAACAGCGCAAGGAGAGGAAAAACAGACAAAAGAAAGUGCGAGGCAUAAAGAAAGCUAAAAUUGGAGCCGGCAAGAAAUAAAGACUGGACUGUUGCCAUAGCCAUUAUUGUGUAUUGGUCCUUCAGUUUUCAAUGUCUGUGUUUGCAUCUCUUGAAUUUAUGAAUUGUUGAGUGCUUUAUCAAAUUAAA